CGGGCGGAUGGAGAAACCCUCGGCUCAACACUACUCCAACCUGGCCACCACGAGCACGCCGUCACUAUUCCUCUUCUCAUCAGUCUGCUCAACACCAUUCAUCCUCUCGAGUGAUAAAGGAGCGAGAAAAGGGUCGAAAUGGUUGCGACACGAAAGAACGGAAAGCCCAAGUCGGGUCACAAAAAUCCCAUCCUUAUCCCCGGCAUUCAUAGGUUCGGUAGGUCUACGAUGUACCACAAGAAGGGAAUCUGGGCCAAGCGUGCUAUCGUCAAUCCUAAGAAGGUUGCGGUAAAGAAGCCAACCAUUGUUGAGAAGAAGGUUGGGGGCGAGAAGAAUGGAGGAACGAGAAAGGUCAACCUUGUUAAAUCCAAGCGUUAUUACCCAACGGCUACUGGUUUUAAGCGACAGAAGGUCACCAGAAACAACGUGGUUAGCAAAAAGAAGUUGAGGGGAUCUUUGGUUCCUGGAACCAUUUGUAUUCUCGUUGCUGGUCGUCACGCCGGUCGCAGGGUUGUUCUCUUGAAGCAAUUGAAAUCCGGACUUCUCUUGGUUACUGGUCCAUUUAAGAUCAACAGCGUUCCACUUCGUCGCGUCAAUCAGCGAUACGUGAUCGCAACAUCGACAAAGAUUGACAUUUCCAAGGUGAAGGUACCAGAGAAGUACGACGAUACCUACUUCCGUCGUGACAAGAAAGAGACCAAGAAAUUGCGCAAGGCCCAACAAGGGGACAUCUUCGCUGCGGAAAAGUCUGGAUACAGCCUGAAGGAACAUAGAAAGACCGAUCAGGUGGAGAUGGAUAAACAGCUCAUCGUUGCCCUAAAAGCUAACCCAGAAAAGAAACUGCUGUUCAAAUAUCUUUCUUCUCCCUUUUACCUUCGUACCGGGCAAUUCCCCCAUCGAAUGAAAUUUUGAAUGAUUUUUUCAAUUUGUUAAUGAAUAAAUAACUACUUUGACGUGAUGUUAUAAA